AUGGCUCAAUUGGCUACUUCUCACACGCAAUUCAUGAAUGAAACUAGGACAAAUUUUCAGAAUCAAUCGGCUCAGAUAAGAAGUUUAGAGGUACAAAUCAGUCAAAUGGCUAACAUGUUUUCUGAGAGGCAACAGGGAAAUUUGCCUAGCACUUCUAAAGUGAAUCCAAAAAGAGAUGGAAAAGAGUAUUGCAAAGCAGUUACCUUGAGAAGUGGUAAAGAAUUAGAAGCUUCAGUGAGAAUUGAAAAGCUUGACAAAUAUAUAAAAAGGGUGUCAUCUCAAACACAAGAGGCUACAAAAAAGGAUAUUGAAGUUAAGGCAGAAAAUCAAGCACAACCUCCUCAAGAACCAUCUCUCAGAGUUCCUUUUCCUCAACGCCUGAAGAAAAGCAAACUAGAUCAACAGUUUGUUAAAUUCAUCAAUGUAUUCAAGAAACUUCACAUCAAUAUUCCAUUCGCUGAAGCUCUAGAACAAAUGCCGAGUUAUGUGAAGUUUAUGAAAGACAUCUUGUCAAACAAGAGGAAACUUGAGGACUAUAAAACAGUUGCACUUACUGAAGAGUGCAGUGCCAUUUUACAAAGGAAGUUGCCCCAGAAGCUUAAAGAUCCAGGGAGUUUCACCAUCCCUUGUUCAGUUGGUAAUGCUGUGUUCGGGAAGGCAUUAUGUGACUUAGGUGCAAGCAUCAACUUAAUGCCUUUAUCUAUCUUUCAAAAGUUGGGUUUAGGUGAAGCAAGACCUACCAUAGUGACACUAUAA